AUUUUGUAGCUCAAGGAAAAACAAAUAUCAAUUUUUGCCCCUAAGGAAAUCCUAAAAGGUAGGCAACAUCAAUAACAGCUCGGUCAGCUGUUGAGUUGUCAAAUGAGAAUCAACCAUAACCUCACUUUGCUUGUGGAAGAUUUCGAUGAAGCCAUGUAAAAUUAAAUUUGAACAUCAAAAUGUUGUUGCCACUCAUCCAUAAAUGGUUUUUAUUAUUAUUUAUUGUAAAAAUUACCUGCGCUGUGAGGACGUACACCAAAGAUGAUUUGAUCAAGCUAAGAGAAGAAGUGCGUGAGAUGUUUUACCAUGCAUAUGACAGUUACCUGAGGUAUGCUUAUCCAUACGAUGAGCUACGGCCCAUCAGUUGCGAUGGGGUUGACACCUAUGGUAGCUACUCACUGACACUGAUUGAUGCUCUUGACACAUUGGCUGUUAUGGGGAACUACUCUGAGUUUCAAAGGGUAGUUGACAUAUUGUCAGCCAAAACUGACUUUGAUGCUAACAUUAAUGUAUCUGUAUUCGAGACUAAUAUAAGAAUCAUCGGGGGAUUGCUCAGCGCUCAUUUAUUAUCAAAUAAAGCUGGCAUGAAACUAGAACCAGGUUGGCCAUGUAAUGGCCCUUUACUGAGGUUAGCAGAAGAUGUGGCCAAAAGACUGAUUGUAGCAUUUGACACAAAGACAGGCAUGCCAUAUGGUACCGUGAACCUUCACAGUGGCGUACCUAAGGGUGAAACUACAGUGACUUGCACUGCUGGAGUAGGGACCUUCAUUGUAGAGUUUGGUACACUUAGUAGACUGACUGGAGAUCCUCUGUAUGAAGAGGUUGCUAUGAAUGCAUUGUAUGCUCUGUUUGAUCACAGGUCACAACUGGGACUGCUUGGAAACCAUAUUGAUAUAGAUUCUGGAAGGUGGACAGCUCAAGAUGCAGGCAUUGGCUCAGGUGUAGACUCGUACUUUGAGUAUCUCGUAAAAGGCUCGAUUUUAUUGCAAAGGCCUGAACUGAUGGAAAUGUUUUACGAGGCAAGAAAAUCAAUUGACAAAUAUCUAAAGAGAGACGACUGGUAUAUGUGGGUUUCUAUGACGAAAGGACAAAUUACCCUGCCUGUUUUCCAGUCCUUGGAUGCGUUUUGGCCCGGAGUUCUUAGUUUAAUAGGGGAAACCUCAAAUGCAAUGCGUACCCUUCACAAUUACCAUCAAGUGUGGCAGCAGUAUGGUUUCACUCCAGAGUUCUACUACAUUCCCCAGACAAAAGCAGGGACCAACAAAGAAAGCUACCCUCUCAGACCAGAACUGAUUGAAUCUAUUAUGUAUUUGUACAGGGCUACUGGGGACCCAUAUCUUUUGCAGGCUGGAGAAGAUAUACUGAGGAGCAUCCAACAUAGUUCGAAAACGCCUUGUGGAUAUGCCACCAUCAAAGACGUACGCGAUCACAUAAAAGAAGACCGGAUGGAAUCAUUCUUCCUUUCCGAAACAACAAAGUACUUAUACCUCCUAUUUGAUACCGACAACUUUAUCCACAAUCAAGGCAAUUACGGUACCAUAAUUGAGACGGCUAAUGGUCAAUGUGUUAUCGAUGCUGGCGGGUACGUUUUCAACACAGAAGCCCAUCCUAUAGACCCUGCUGCAUUACAGUGUUGCCACGGAGCUGCUAAAAGCAAUUUGUUCAACUUCAAAGACCUUGAGAAGAACAAAGCCUUGUUUAGAGGAGAUACAAUCCAUCAAAGAAGAAGUCAGACGAAUACGUCAAGUGAAAAAGCAGCUGAAAAUGUGACUGUAGAGGCAGAGCAAGCUGUUGUAGAGGUUAUCCCUAUAGAUUUAAACAAUAGCAUUGCAAAGGCGCAGGAUACUGACAGUGCUAACCAAAGCGCUUCUGUGGAGGAAGACGAUUCAGAAGAGGAUAGUAAUACUACUACUCUAGUGUCUGUAGAAGAAAUUACACUACCGGAUUUCUUUGGGAAUAUACUGUCAAGUAAAGGCAAAGUAUUUAGUCCACAAGAGAUGUUGGAAAGAUUUAGGAGGGAAAACAAGUUUCCUAGGAAUACAACGUGGGAGAAUAACUAUAAACUGCUCAGUUGUAAGGCGCAGCCGUUUUUGCAGAGGAUAUCAAUUUUUGGAGAGUUCUUUAAUAAAUAAAAGAAACUUUUUGUUGUUUUAAUCAUAUUUCACAGACCAUUUUUAUUUCUGUCGCAAUC